CAUGAUUUUCGUUUAUCGACAGCCUUGUUAAAUAAGACCUCAAUUCAUAGAUAUGAAAGGCAACUUAUUUAUAAGUUACGCUCAAAACGUUUCAUUAAAAUUUGUUCGUUGCAGUUUGCAGUUACAUAAGCAUAUUUGCACUUACGUUUUACAAAUAUUUCAUUUUCCAGCGUUCGUUCUGAAGUAUUUAACUCAGGUUAACAAACUACUAUGUAAAGCUGGAAUACCCAUUCUAGCAUUAGUUUCGUGGGCCGAUUGGAACGGUGGUUGUCAUGUGCAGGGGAACUUCCUACCCAACAAUUAAGUGUUAAUACGCAUUGGUCACGCACCUCCGAGAAAUAAAAAAAUGAAGACCACCGAUGUAAGCUGGAGAUCCCGAAUUGAUGGAUUUAAGUUCAAGAAGACGUCAAAAACAAUUUCAAAAUUUAAGACACGUGAAUGCACACUUUAUAAAAUAUUAUGUGCAACUGUGGCAGCAAUUUUGCUAAUAAUUGGUGGAGUAGAGUUAAAUCCUGGCCCUCAGCAAAGAAGUGUCGAUAAUACUUUGUCCGACAGUCCAACAGAAUCAGAGGAUGGCCCAACCGAGCUCGAAAACUUAUACGAGGCUGGUUUCGUUUUGGUUGAAACCGGAAGUGUCGCCUAUCUUACGUCCUUUGUAGUCUCACUACUUCAACAUGCCUCCAAAAAUUAUGAGACGCAACUCAACAUUGAUGACCUCCCACUAAAUUCUGCCCUACAAAACUGGCACCAUUUGACAUCUAAGCGUCGCCAAAAUAUUCCAUCCGGGUCCGUAACAAAUUCCAAUUUUUUUGAGACAAUCUGUGAAACUGUGGAAGCAGAGAAAGACAAAUUUGAAACCGAUUUCAGCCCGGAGACACAAAAUAGAAUAAUAAAACUGACUGAGACAUAUUUUCAUAGCAAAAUUGAUCUCAAAAUUGUACAAACCACAAAAGACUUUUACGCCGCACGUGAGGAAAAUCCAGAUCAUUGCUUCCUCUACAAAAAUAUGCUCGAAAAAACUUUCUCCUUAAUUCUUGAUCGUGCGCAAUUUCAAGAUGAUCCCGAUUCCAGGGCGCAAUCAAUUAUCGAAUAUUUACGAACCUCCACCAUUUUCCAGUCUCACUUCCGAACAAACUUUGAGCCCUUGUCAAUAUUUGAGGUACGAAAGAAGUGUAUCGAAAUGAGCAAGAGGCUACUAGAAGCGGAGACUAUUUUUGUGAGUUUGGAAAGGGUUGGACUACUCGGCCAAGAUAUUACUUACUGUCGGCUGCUUCAAAUCCUGCUUGAAUGUGAAGAUCCGAAACUAAUGUUUAAGAAAAAUGAAUUUGUGAACCAAGAACUCUCCCGGCUUUCCCAGGAAUAUUGUCGCAGUAUUACGUACGAAAUGAAGGAAAUUUUGCUGGCAGAUAUGGAGCAGGCCGUUCAGGAACUAGUCCUUGCUGUACGGGAAAAACAGUGCGAAGAGGACCAGAAAUUGUCCCAUACUAUAGAAGAUGCUGAACAAAUAUAUCAAGAUGCAAUUAAACAAAAAUUAAACUCAAUGAAGGAGCUCAAAAUUCACGAAAAUAUGUCCGCUGAAAUGAAACGUAAAAUUGAAGACGAAAUCAAUAAAUUGAGCGUUGCCAUGGCCCUGAAUCAACUUCGCCCACGUUUAUUGAAAACAAGACCUAAAUCAUUAAGCUUAACUAAAAGCUAUUCAGUCCCCUCAAACUUUACUGAUCUCACCUUCUUGAAGAAAAAUUUUGACAGCAAUCUGAUCCCUCAAAUCCUCUUGAGUAAAAAUGCAAUAGAGAAGGCGACCUUAACGGAACUCGUUGAGUUGUUAAAGCAAUGUACCCAGCAUAAUUUUGUCCACCCAGAAAAUCAUUCUACAAGUUUAAAAUUUAAUGGAACUCAUCUCUACCUGAGUGAAUGCCUUAAGGAUCCCAAGUUAUUAAACUAUCUCGACCAAUUUCGGGAAAACUACACCCAAAGUCAAAUUUCCAUUGAAUUUCAUGGCGUUGAAACCCUUACGUUAGAUGUGGAUUUAGACCAAAAUAUUUUUCACGGAAUAGAUGUCACCUUUAAUUCGAACAAGAUUUUUGUCGAGCCCCAAUCCAAACGGACUGUAACCUUAGAUGUCAGUGGAAAUAAUGCCAAACAACACAAAAUUUCGAAACCACGAAAACCAGCUGCGACAGGUUGUAAUGGGACUGAUGGUUUGCACGGAAACGUUGGGGAAUCCGGUGGAAACAUUUUUCUAAUAUGCACCCAGAGUAUUACUGGAGAAGCAAAACUAAUUACCAAGUCGAAUGGUGGAAAUGGAGGGCGUGGCCAGGAUGGAGGAGAUGGCUCAGAUGGUAAAAAUGGAUUGGAUGGGACUCAUGGAAAACUUCCGGAUGAAAAACCAAAAUCUGGUAAACGUUUACUUAGGGAAGGUACGGUCGGUUUACCGGGGGAAAGGGGAGGAGAUUCCGGAAGAGUUGGAAGCGGCGGUUUGGGUGGUGUUGGCGGUUACAUAAUAACCAGAAUGGGGGAUCAAGUCCUACAAGAAAAAGGAAAUGAUGGUAAACCAGGCGACGAUGGUGAACCUGGCAUUGCUGGGACUGGAGGCAAAGGGGGGAAGCCUGGAAUCGAUGCUGCAUGGAUUACCUACAGUGCAUGGCCUCAUGAUCCAUGGCAAAGAAUUGUCGGAAAGCAAGGAGAGGAAAAAAUAAAUCUGGAUCACCAUGAUGGUUUCUGGGCAGAAGGAUACACAGUUGAUAGAUUCUCUGCUAAACCGUCAGGCAUCUGUGGUAUCAAUGGAAUACGAAGAAACGAAAAGUCCACAAUGACUCGAUCCCAAGCCAGAGCUAAAUAUCCAGCAAAGAACAGUUUGAUCAAUGUCCGAGAUCACAAUGAAGCAGACGACAACAUUGAGUCUCACUCUAUCCUGCAUGCUCAAAUUUCAGGAAAAUGCAAACAACUAACUGAACUAGAAUCUAAUUUAGGAAAGCGGAGGCGCCUGGUGUAUUCUUUAAAGGAAGGAGAAUUGUUACAAAGAAGGUGUCUGGAUAAUUUCAAAAAUGAGAAAAAGACAAACUCAAAAAGUAUCACGGAACUAGAUAAAUUCAGGGAGGAUAUAAACACAGAUUUCAAAGAGAUUCGUACCAAGCUACACAAAAGUAUUCACACCCAUCACCAGGAAAUGCAUAAGAUAACAAACCCAUUCUUGGGGAUGGAUAAUACAAAUGAAGUUAACAAUUUAGAAGUUAUAGAAUUAUUCAAGGAUGGAAUAUCUGACAGCUUUAUUGGAAACAUGUCCCCCACGAUCAAAUUUUUCCAGCAAGUUUUAACAAAGGCCAAUAGUUACGAAAUCUUUCUUGAGGGAGAGAAAUAUUUAAUGCAUUUUCUUCACGAAGACGAUCAAGUUCAAUUAGAGGCAGCGAGUUUCCUUAACAAUGUCCUAAAAAUGGGACAAGAAGAGAUCAGUACAAUUACCAUCUUUCAGCCGUUGCAGCUAUUGGAACAAAUCCCUUUGGCAUAUCACACCUUGAAGUCAGUUAAAGCUGAGAAUCUUCCUAAAAUCGACAACGUACAAUAUAAUAAUGCAUUUUCCUUCAUCUCCAAUCUCGUAAUCAACAGACAAACGUUAGACCCUUCCGUUAUGACACAAUGUGAAGAACUUUCAAAACGCCAACAUUUUAACGCCGUUCAAAAAUCAAACAUUCGCGCAAUUCUUGUUCCUUUCUAUUGCACUCAGUGGAUUCCCAGGCUUAAAAAUGCAUGGAACAACAAAAGUAAGACAACCUACUCAAUUUUUCAACCUUUCUCAAUGGCAAAAUCAAUGGCAAGUUGGACGAAGGAUCAAAUCCAAGGGACGAAUCAGGAUACGGAGAUUGUACUGGACGAUUGUGCCUUCAAAAUAAUUACCGUUACACUACUUAAAUGGCAGCAAGAUUUGCCGACCAAUUUAAGUGAAAUUAACCUUCUAAAAAUGUUUGAAGAUUUCCUUGGGAAAUACGACUCACACAAAAGCCUAUUUAAAAACCAAGGAGAGUUACUCCAGAAUUUUCUAAACCAAGAAAUUGGGAUAAACAUGGAUGAAAUAAUUUCCAACCUUAAGUCGGAAUCCAAGAAAUUCGUUUCAUACUUUGAUCUGUUGAUAUUUAUGACGAAACAUUACACCUACGACAUCACCACGUUAGACAAGUUAUUCCGUGUACAUUGCAAACUAAUUAAGAAACAACGUGGAGAUUUCGCAAUUCGCUUAAAGGCUGGAAUUGAACUGGCAUAUAAAUAUAAAUUUCAGGAACCCAUUUUAUCUCAAAUAUUCAAAGUGGGGAAUAACGAGGAAGCGGACCGGAUAAAAUUUGAACUCGUGCAGAUCGUGAACUCAAUUGAAAAAUUUGAAACAAGAAAAUUUCACCUGCAAAAUCUUUUGCAGGAAAUUAAGCAAAAUGAGAAUUUUCAGUGGGAUGCCAAAUUGACAGGCUUAAAAAAUACACUGAUCAACAAGUCCCAACUACCGAGAUAUUUUCAUAAUUUUACUACAGGGCAGAAAAUUAUUGAAAGAAUAUCCGCCGUGAAAAAUAUACAGAUGAUUCUACAAAAUUCGGAGUUUUCGGCGGACGAAUUACUUACUUCCUGUUUUGGCUUCAAAUUUGAGGAGAGUUUCAGAACAAUACACCACACAUUAAAUACAUCCAAAUAUCCCACUGUUCUUGAAGAUUUUAAUAUAUGCGUCACGUCUUUUUGGAAGCGACAAUUUGUUAAUAUUAUAGGAAAGCACAUUCGAAGCAACCAUCAUCAUGAAAAGUUUGCUGAUUGGAAAAGUAAUGUUUUUAAUGAUGUCCAAGAUCUUUUGGCUUCAAACAAAAUCCUCAACCUUGACCAGGUUGAAUUUUUUAUGAAACUUAAGCUAGAGCAGGUCCACUUUGCUGGGCUGAAGCAUGGCAGUAUUAAACAAUUGGAUGAACUCCAGUUAAAGGCCGAUGAUGGCGACGAGCUUGAGCGAAUUCGUCAUAUUCUUGAGGAGUUACAAGAUUACACUUAUUUGAAGUCAAGUAGGGCCCAGAUAUUUGCGAAGCUGUCAAAGGAUCUGCAAGUCUGGCUAAGCCGUCUACUAGUUCAUGAAGAUAAUUGUGAGAUAAGUGAAAUUGUACAUAAUCUUAUUGCUUUUGUUAAUGAAGCGGACUACAAGAAACUCAUCAAACAACUUUCAGCCCAAAAUCCCACAGAACUUGACGACUUGCUUACAGAACUAGAAAUGGGUCUGAUACGGAAUUGGAAGAAUAUUGGAACUUUAUCCCAAUUUGACGUGGAAAAUAGUAAUCCCUUUGACGCUAUAACUCAAGAUCAAAUCGACGCUCUCAGUUCACGAUUAACAGAAAUGAUACAGUUUGUCAAGAAACAAAUUAAAAACAAAAGAAUUAUGGAAUUCCUACAGGCUGUGAGAAGCAUGACAAGCAAUCAUUUUGACGCUACUCAUAUCAAAUUAUUCACGUCACAUGUGUCAAAAUUACAAGGAAAGGUGGAAUCUGUCAUUGCAUCAUUUGAGGAGAAAGGGAAUGAAAGGAUUACUGAGUUAGUUGUAGCAAGUUUCAGAACCAAGAAUAACCCCGUGACAUACUACUUUAGAGAAUGGAAUCUUCAAUUUGAAUGCCGAUGGGAUUGUAUCUUAGAAUUGGAUGAGAAACAUUUUCAAUCAGCUCUCGAAGAAUUUGUGGUCGUAAACAAUAUCGUUGAAGAGGCAAUGGAAAUGUGUGAGGAUACCUUACCUCAAGAUAGUAGCAGCACCAUCUCAGAUGAAGAACUACUCAAAAAUGUACAAGAAUCGUGUGCAAAUGCUGACGCAAGAGUUUGGCCAGCUAUUGAGCUUACAUUAGAGAUGUUGGAUUACCUAGACAUUUCAAAGAGAAAAAGGUACGAUUUUUUGUUACAAGUGAAAAUAGGAGAAUCCGGCGAAAGCUACAAAUUAGAGGAUUAUUGCAAAUUUUUGAAAAAAUUUCUAUUGGCAACACAAUCUGAAGAAAUUCCGACGGAAUUCAGUAAUCCAGACAGAUCAAAUUCCAUGAGAAAAAUGCUCGUUCGACUCCAAAAAUCUAAAUUUAGGACAACUGAAAUUAAGGAAUUUUUGUUCCGUGUUUUUAUGGAUACAAACCGCGCUACAACCCUCAAUGAGCAAGAAUCACAAUUAUUUCGCAAUAUUUUAUCCGAAGAGGAAGUGGUCUACUUUGAUAAGCUCCAAUCCCUAUUGCCUCCAACCAAGAUGAUCACAAUUUCAUCCACUUUCAAAACAUUGCCGGGUUGGGAAACUGAAUUACAACAUUUAUGCAUUCAAUCCUGCUUUGCUAAAUUAGUGGGUCAUUUUGGUUCUGAUGAUAAAUCGAAAUUAGAAAAAAUCCUGAAUGAAUGGAAUCUAAAAUUUUGCGCUGGUGAAAAUCAGCACUAUUACAAAACCUGGGUUAACACGACCUUCAAAAUGACCCAAGCACUUGAGCUGAUGCCAAUUCCUCUGAGGCAGCUAGCUGAGUUCCUGGAAAUAUGCCUUACCCUGCCACUUUCAAUGUUGGAAAACAUAGUUGGCAAGCACCUUCCCUGUAAUUAUUUGAAAUACAGUAUCCUGGCAAAAACUGAAGAGUAUCUUGAAGAAAUAAUCAACAGCCGGGGUGAUGAUAAAACAUAUUCCAAAGAAAUCAUUCACAAACUGGAUAAACUGAUAUAUUCUGAAGAGACUCAAAUUUGGGAUAAAUUUCUCCAAAAAUUAAUCGAGGAAUUGGCAAAUAAGAGACCAUCUAUGGCUCUACUAUUUGAUAUAUUUGACGAACAAAACUUCUCUGAUAAUGAAACUAAGACGUUCAUAAUUAGUAAAUGGGCGUCAUUUCCAAUUAACAAAUGGAAAAUUCAGUUCCGAGCCAAGGUGUAUACGGAAUUGAUUUCCUGUGCAGAACCUACGCUUAUUACUAAGCUGCUAGAGAUCGACCAGAAAUUCAGGUCCGACACUGAAUCCUUAGUAUCUCACUUUGUCAAACAAAAUAUAUGCCAAUUUGAUAUGCAUCUUAUCGCCAACGAAAUCUUGGAGAAAAACUACGUCAUAAAUUCCAAGCUCAUUUCAGAUCUCAACACAAAACAUGAUACUAUCUCCAUAUUAAAAUAUCUCGAAGAAUUCACCAACUCAUAUCGACUAAAAGAAGUGAGGGGAAAGGCAUUAAUAACUGCUAUGAAAAACCUUGCUAUAAAUCAAUCGAAUCCGAAAUUACAGUUCGAAAGUUUACAUCAAGAUUUACGAGAAGCGAGGCGUAGCUUCCACGAGAAAUCACAGCUCAAGGAGCUUGCAAGAAAAGAGCGAAAAAUUCAAGAUUGGACCCGGGAAGACAUUACUGAAUGGGUUAAUAUUGUCAAGCUACGCAAGAAAGACACAAGUAUAUUAAAAUCUGACAUAAAAUCAGAACUACUUGCCGUAAUUUGCCGUGCCUUAAGAAUUCACAAUAACGAUGACCAAUUCACUAUGCGAGACACUCAACUCUGCGCCGUGCUGUUGUUUGUCGACGCAAAAUUGCAAAAUGUUGGAAGAUUUGCUGAAAUUGCAACUAGCGAAGGAAAAACUUUAAUAUCUGCCGUUCUCGCCGUUUGCUUAUCCUUGGAUGGAAAUAAUGUUUACCUGGUUACAAGUUCAUCCGUACUAGCCGAGGAUGGUUUUCAGAACAUGUCAGGAUUUUAUUCUCUAUUUAACAUCGGUGUGGGAAAUAUUUCAUCAAAAGAGGCGAGAAAAGGGACCACUUCCUCCGAGCAAAUGCUUGAAAAACUCUACAAAAAUCAAGUCCUUUAUGGCGACGCAGCAUCAUUCGAGGCGGAUCACUUAAAUUGUUCUUAUCUCCAAAAGAACUAUAAGGGGGGAAGUAAUGCUGACUACUUAAUAGUGGAUGAAGUCGACUCCAUGCUACUUGAUAAAGGAUCCAAUGUAUUAUAUAUUUCUCACACCAUUCCAGAAUUGAGAUGGCUUAGGAUUAUCUUUAUUGACAUUUGGAGGAUGGUAUCCAACACAUCAGAUAGUGCGGAUACUGCUAUUAGCCGAAAAAUCAAAAUGAAAUAUACACUUAGCAAAAAACAUCUACACUUCCCUCACUUCCUGCUAAAAUUUGUCCAAGACAGGAUUCCAAUUUGGAUUAAUAAUGCUAGGAAAGCAAAAGAAAUGAAGCAAAAUAUUCCGUACAUUUUGGCAUCGGGAAAUGAUGACGACGGUAAGGUUACUAUAAUUGACAGUGAUACUGGCGUUGAACAAAAGCAGACACAAUACUCAUACGGCCUCCACCAAUUCCUACAAUUAAAAGAAGGCAACAAGUUAUCAUCGGAAAGUCUUAAGGCGGUCUUUGUCUCCAAUGUAGGCUACUUCUCAAGAUUCAAGGGUAGAAUUUUUGGAAUAACAGGGACAAUCGGCGAGGAAAAUGCGACCAAAUUGUUGAGCGAUUUAUACACUGUGGAUUUUUACAAGAUGCCAAGAUUUAAAGCGAAACUGUGCAAGAAAGAAUCAUCCCAGCUUUUUAAGUCAUCUGAACGGAAAUUAUAUGAGUGUGCUAUUUUUGCAUCAGUCGCCAAGAGGAAAGCGACACAGCCAAUUCUUUUCAUUUGUGAAACCGUAAAGAGUUGUAAGCAGUUAUAUUCUAUGCUGAAGAAAUGUGUCAAAGAGGAAAAUCUAUUCUGUAUUUAUGAAACUGAAAAAUAUGACGAGUUUAGAAGAAGAAUGGAAACCAUAGCCAUUACGUAUGGAGACGUAAUAAUAUCCACUAAUUUAGCUGGGAGAGGAACUGACGUGUACAUCUCCAAGGACUGCGAUGCCAAAGGACUUCACGUCGUCUUAACGUUUAUUCCACCAAAUCUUCGAGUUGAGAAGCAAGCUUUCGGGCGAACAGCGAGAGGUGGGCAAAACGGGUCAACUGAAUAUAUUGUGCUUGUGGAGGAUCUUAAGGACACUGAAUUUGAAUUCAAGAUAGAAAAUUAUAAAGAAGUAAUGCGCGUCAAAGAAGAUUCGCGCUUGAGGAAUAUCAGGAAGCGAGAAUUACAACAAAUCCAAUUUGAAGAAGAGCUAUUCACCCGUUUUGCUAAGAAACUCGAGCAGAUUAAAAGCGAAUUACAACAACCCGCUCACUUCAAAACAGGCUUUGCAUACUUAUUCAAAUUUGCAAAUAAAUUAUCGAAUGAAGAAAUCGAAACAAAGCUGCACAUUAUAAUCAAUCGCUGGGCGUUCUGGCUUGAUUCCAUUCAGCCCCUAUUACAACUUCUUCACGAUAAUCCUGACGAGAAGAAACAAGUGAUUACUGAAAAAUUUGACCACUUUACCCAGGAUCUAUUUAAGAUUAUGAAAACUAACGAAACGCUUUGUCAGUCACCCUCAGAUUUUGUAAAGGUCUCGAAAGUGUUUGACGAGAUUGGGGAAGAUACCAAGUCGAUUGACAUCUUGACGGAAGGGUUGCAAAACGAAAAGGAGUUCAAUGAAAUAUUGUACUACUAUCGAGGAAUUUCAUACUUGAAGCUUGAUUGCAGCAAAAAGUUAGUCAUGACCAGGCAGCAGGCAAGACAUGAUUUGAAACAGGCCGAAGUAAGGAUUGAGAAACGAAUCAGCAAUUUGGAAGAACUUUUAGGCUUCUUUGAUAUGAUGCAAAAAUUAUGUAGCAGCGAUGAAUCUUCAGUAGAAUCGAGGAACAUUGUACCAAUGUUUAGGAACCAAAUUGAAGCGGAAAUUCAUUUAUACGAGCAACAUAUUGACCAUUUUCUGAGACCAUCGUUAGGCCACUGUUUCGAUGACAACACGUUUAAAAUGAUACCAAUGGUUCAUCAAGAUGAGGCAGAGAGUAGAGACAUUUUAGAAGUGAUACUUCGUCAUGUAUCUCCUUCCAUAAUAAAACCACUCAGACUCAGCAUGAAAGUAAGAAUGUGUAAAAAUACCUUGUAUAUUGGUGACAACCCUUUGGAUUUCAAGGUGCUCGAUCUGAGUCUGGAGGAACCAAAACUUUCGCCGCUUCUACAAGAAUUGAUAAAUUCAUCAUCCCGAGUUUUGGAAAUUGAGCAGUUGAAGGAUGUCAUCGUCACGCGGGAUGAAGUCAUCGAGAUGAUUAAGAAAUCGGAAUUUUUAUGCAUUACCGAGGAGUACAUUCUUAUUGAAAUAGGAUUUGACGACUUUCGAUUUGUUUCUGAAUUCAAAGAAACAAAUGAACAUUAUAAAAACAUUGGGAAAAUUCUUGGAGAAAAGAAUAUGCAAGCCGUGCCUGAAGAGGAAAUAUUGACGGAGUUCCAAAAUUUUUUAUCAAUAGAAGACUCCAAGAGAUUAUAUAAAAAUUUGAUUCAGGGUGGGUAUUUAAUUAAACGGUUUCACAUAAAGGGAAAUAUAUCUGCAAAUGCCUGCAACUCGUUAAAACUAGAUAAUGAAAAACUUACCGGCCUCCCUCCUUCCCUUCAACCUAUUCAUUCCAUUUUGUUCUCAUGGGUUGUUAUUGAUGGAAAAAUUUGUCCCAAUUUGGAUUCGAAAUUUCUAAAAAUAAAUCCACAAAGUAACUCGAGAGACAAUGAAGUCCGUGAUAUUGUUAAUAUCCUAAUCUCAAGUGGAAUUCUAAAACGUCCUAAAGUCAAUUGGUCUCUGUCGUCUCAUUUUCAAAAGGAAGAUAAACGACAGAAUGAAAUCAAAGCUGAAUUCCAAUGGAAAACGACUACCCUUCAUUUCAUCAAAAUCUAUAAGGAUUCUGUACUGAUAUCUGACCUUCGAAAGACGUUUAAUAAAUUUCACCUAAAUGACCCAGAUGAAAAAAUUACUCAGGACGAAAUAAAUGACAAAUUCCAAGAAUACCUUGACCAAAUCUCAGACCUUCUAAUAAAUUCCGUGGGAAAAAUUAAAACCUUGGAGUACAUGAAGAUUGACAAACAGUACAAACAUUUGUCGGAAUGUUACACCGGAAGUUCCUCCCUUCCUCCAGAAUUAUUUGAUCUCAUGAGUGAAGAUUUUGACAGAAUUCCCAGCCUUAGGGAGAAAAUACCUUGGUGGAGUAGUGGAGCAUUUUAUGUCUCAAUUUUGGGCAUAUUACAAAUUGCUGCAGGUGUCACAGUUGGCGUCUUGUCGGGCGGGAUAUUAGUUAACUUAUCAAUGAUGUUGAUUAGUGAGGGAGGAAGUGACCUCAUGUUCGCUAUACAAUCCGGAUGGGGUGGAACAUUUUCCUGGAAAAGUUAUGGAAUUCAUAAGGCUUUCAGUGUCGCUUGCUCAUUGGCGACGGGGGGACUGGGUGGAAUAACAGGCGGAUCGUGGGCAACCAUAAUUGCUUUAGAAAUAGCAGAAGAAAUUUUUAAAAAGACUGUACUGACAGUUGGUCGUUACGUUGUACAAGGCGUGGGUACUUCCCUCUUAAAUAUGACCAUAGAAAAGGGACUAGAUAUGCUGCGUGGAUCCGUGAUUACCAUGGCUAAAACAACGUUCGACAUAUGGAAGACAUCUAGUCAGGCAUUCUUUAGGGCACAGGAAAGAUUGAAAAACAGCCUUGGCCAACUCUAUAAAUCAAGUUAUAGAAAAGGCCAGGCUGAGAAUAUUGUGAUAAAUGCCAAGAAUGCGUUUGGUACAUCUUCCACCACAUCUCUAAUCUACCAUCAACUUCAGAAUUCUUUACAGAAGGUGGCUAGCUUCUAUGCGUGUAAAGUAUCAGAAAAACUAGGCGCAGCUUUAGGCCAUGGGUUCAUUGACAAGGUGCUUCAGCUCUAUAACAUCUUGAAGACAUUAUUUUCAUCCUUAAGCAAUAGCUUGGAAAAUACUAUCCAAAGAUUCACCUUAGAGUACAUGAAUAAGCUGUCAAAACAUUUCGAAGACGAGGCAGUUGUCUUGGAGAAAAAAAGGGAACAUGUUUCAGCCCACACAGAACAACUGGACCCAACAAGAUGUGAAGCUUUUAUCCAAACUUAUACAAGUAAUUUGGACUCUGAAAUCGUCGAGGAAGGACUGAAAACUUUUCAAUACGAAACCUUAGAACCCACAAUGAAACAAGUGGGGGCUCGAUGGUUGCAUGGGAAAUGCAAUAGAUGGUUUAAGGGUCAGGCAAACUACUCUGCCAUUGGUGGAAACUCACCCGACUCGUCCAAAUCGUCUAUUUGGAAGGCUCUAAAUAAUAACUAUGCAAUUAAAACGAAUGACAGGAAUGGGUAUGACGAAAACAACAAGGUCCGCAACAAUAUUUGGGAUACUGAACCUGUAAAAGGAACAUUCAACUAUUUUGCAAGAUGGGAGGAAAAUUGGGAACAAAUUCAAGAUCAUUGCAAAUUUGUGGGGUCCGAGUUGGAGGAAAAAGCUGCAUUUAUUUUGAAUGAUGAAUCAAGUUCGCUUUUAAAUCAUGUGGAAAUAUUGGGCAUUAAUAUUGCCAGGACGUUUAAAUUGUGAUAAAACUUUAAUAGCAACGUAGUAAUUAAAGCGGAACUUCGACGGGAAGUUGAAAAUUUGUAUUACUUUUUUUCAAUUUCAAUGUUUAAUGAUAAUACAUUUAAAUAUAUGGUUUGGCAUGUUGUUAUUACCUACAUAUGUAUUACAUACAUGUAUAAACUGUAAACUGUAAGAAAUAAGUAAUAUUUUCAGUGCGGAUAAUACCUUUAAGGAAAAAUAUGUACACAUAUCCAAAUGUUCACCCUGGUUCAAAAUGUCGUUCCACAAUUUCUAAACAAUUUGGGCCCAAUUCAAUACAAACCCAAUUAACAAUCAAUGCCUGGUCCGACUAAGGAUAAGCGAUUUAGGUACGUAUGUAUAUUUCAACGUGAAUUACAAGGAAGAAUAUUGCCAUUAAACCACCAUUACGAUUAUUGUUAAUUAAAUAUUUAUCGCGGCGCCUUAUUAACUUUGAAUUGAUUCAGCAAAAUAUUACAUAUUGUCAUGCUUACUCAUGUGUAUUUAAAUAUGUAUAUAUAUCUUGCGUAGGAUAACAUUUUACUUAAUGAAAACGAAAAAUGAAAUGAAAUUUCCAUGAAUAAACUAUUCAUUCGUUAUUCA